AUGUCAUUGCCUCGACAUGAUGACCACAAUCAAUGGUUCGACAUCUUCCCGGUGCAAGAUAGAUUUAGCGCAUCAUCCGGCGCCUUCGUGGACAUCGGAGGCGGGUCUGGACACGACGUUGCCAGACUAAAGCAGGAAUUCCCCGACCUUGCCUGCAAUAUGAUUCUCCAGGACUUGCCGUCAGUCGUGCAAGGCGUAUCGCUGCCUGGGAUCGAAGUAAUGCCGCACAACAUGUUCGAGCGACAACCUGUCAAGGAUGCUGGAGCUUUCUACAUGCAGACUGUACUCCACGAUUGGCCUGACAAACAGGCGCACGAAGUGCUGGCGAAGACACGAGAAGCAAUGGGCAAGCACUCGAUCCUUCUGAUCAACGAGAAUGUCCUGUCUGAGGACACUUCUGAUGAUACACCAGUCGUAGCGCACAUAGACUUCACGAUGGUGCUGAACUUCUCCUCCCGCGAACCCACGGAACAAGUGGGUCGAUCUCUUGCAGAAGGCAGAUCUCAAGGUUGUGAAGAUCUGGAGACCGAAAGCCACGAUCAGGUCGAGGGCACUAUUCGAAGCAAUGCGACACGAUCCACAAGCUUCGCUCUGAUGUUUUAG